CGCGAUCUCGCGGGGGACCAGACUCUCCGAGGCGGUGCCGCAGGGGACAGAGGGACUGACGGAGCGGAGUUCGCAGCAGCUUUCGCCGGAACAUCAGCGCGGAGGACGUGAUGUCGGGGCUCUCCCGCCAGCUGCCGUGGGCCGCUGCCUGCCUGGCCGCGCUCUGUGUGCUGACCGCGGCUCAGGACGUCUCCCCGGACCCGAACGUGACUGCAGUUACGACUUUAGCGACCACCAAGUCAGUUCCGACGUCGGUGACGACUCUAACGCCGGUCACCAUUCCAGCACAAGAUAUCUGUGAAAACCGCAACAGCUGUGUUUCCUGUUUCAAUUCUAGCCUUGAUGCUACUGCCUGCUUUUGGAUAGAAUGUAAAGACAAAAGCUACUGUUCCCAUAAUUCAACAGCUAGUGAUUGCCAGGUGUUGAAUGGCACAAAAUUCUGUUCUGAACCCGAGCCCACUCCGAUGCCAACCAAUUCUACAGCUAAAACCACAACUCUGCCUUCCACUUCUACAACUACCACCACAGUUACUACAUCAGGUACGACUAAUACCACUUUAACUCCGACUUCACAACCUGGACGGAAGUCUACCUUUGAUGCAGCCAGUUUCAUUGGAGGAAUUGUCCUCGUCUUGGGUGUGCAGGCUGUAAUUUUCUUUCUCUAUAAAUUCUGCAAAUCGAAAGAACGAAACUACCACACUCUGUAAACAGACCCAUUAAAUUAACAAGGACUGGUGUAUAACUCACUGAAACCAAAAUAUUAUCUUUCGAGAUGUCCCACAUGGAAGACGCUAUUCCAGGAUCUUUAAAUUUUCAAAGGAUGCAUAUAGGAUGUUUUGGAGCAUCGUCCUUGAAGAAAAAUCACUUAAAUCAUUUUGCUCAACAGGAAUAUUUAAAAUAUUCUGCAUGAAUCCUUGUGGCUGUCUUCUUUUAUUUUAAAUGGCUGCUGCUGUGGGAUUAUGUUCUCUCUUCUUGAUGUACCAAAUGUAACUCUGUAAGUGAUGGAAAACAUUGUCCUGCGCAGACAACCUCAUGACUCUUUUGGCAGUUUAAAUUUAGUCAUUUUAAAGCCUGAAAGCUGCAUUAUUUUCAUCCUAACUCAGGAUGUAGUCUAGUGACCAGAAUUGAGAAGAAUGUGCCAAAUGAGCAUCAAUCGGGUGGACUUUUGGCUGUCCUUUCAAAAGUGGAAUAAAUCUAUAAAUUUAGUAUCCUUAGAGUAAACUGUAUCUUUAGAGUAAAAUUUUGUGCUCAAUAGCAGUUAUUUUUUCUACAUUAGAAAUAAGAUGCCACACAGGGAAUUACAUUCCAGAUUUAAAGGAACGAAUGGAAAGGAUACAAACCAUUAAAGAAUAGCAGGUUAUUGUUCAUCUUUGUAAAGCACCUUAUAUCACUGAGAAAAUAAAGAACAGUGCCUUAAAAGACAGACUGAAAGGUAGACUGUAACUUAAAAUGUUUGUGAUUUGUUCUUUUACAUUAAGGAAGGUAAAGGUUGGUCUGAUGAUGUAACUGUUGACAAGAUGUAGUAAACCUGCUUUUAGAUAUCAUACUGUUAGUAUUUAACUAAAUACUAUUUGAUUUCAGACCCGAGCAAGUUAAGCUAAAAGAUAUUCCACAAAGCUGAAAGCCUUCACAUAUUGAACCUCCCAGCAUUUUUCUUAGGCUUUUAAAAAGUAUAAAGCUAAAGUUGAUUUAAUUAGAUUUUCCUUUGUACUUCAACACUGUUGUACCAUGAAAGGAUUUUCACCAAGCUUUCUUGAAAAGUAACUAUUUUUAUGAGGCAAGAAGGAAGGAAGUUGUUUUAGAGUCAUUUACUAGUUCUUUAAUGAGACAAUCACUUUAAGUUUUGAGACCAGAAAUGUGACCAGUGUAAUUUUAGAAAAUCUAGGGAUUUUUGGUUGAUUGGAUUACUGUAGGUUUUUAAUGAUGAUUGCCCAGGAUAGACAGAUUGUGCUUUCUCUUCUUUCUCUUUCUCUCCUGCUUUCUCCUUCUCUCCUGUCCUUUCUUUUUAGUUUCUGUUCCCGUAGUAUAAUAUAAGCAUGCAUACUUUAAUUUUUUUUUUUUAGUUUUCUUAGGCAGCACUAGUUUUUUCAGUUUUAGAGGGAGACUUCUCCCCUGCCUUUGACAUAUUGGAUUAGUUCAGAGGUUUACAGUAGUUUUAAGAAAGUUUUUGCUUUUCUAGGUCAUUAAAGGUUUUUAGUUUCUUUAGCCUCUAAGGGCUGAGUUUAGCACUUGGUUUUCAGUAUUUUGUAGUAGGAGAUGACAAGUUGCUUUGGUCCAUUUCAUUAGCCAAAAUUCCUUGCGUUUAGAUUAUAUUCAAGGUUCUUAAAAUGAAGAUUUACUGUUUCUUUGUUACUUGCUGGUACAGCUAAAGUUUGUUUUACUUGCACAUUUGUACAUACACCUAAUCUUUUCAAGUGCCUUAAUUGUUUAAAAUCUCUGGCUUCAAAGGUUUUUGGGAAAAGGUAGGUUUACCUCACAUUUUUGUGUUUUCAUUAGUAAUAUUCAUUAGUAAUUAGUUCUAGGAACCUCACAAGAACUUUUAUUAUGGUGCCAUGGCUGUUAGUUUUUAGUGAGUGCUAGAAGAUCCAAGAUUCAUUUGAAAAUAUACAGAAUUUCCAUUCCUCCCAAAGUGGCAAAAUUUAGCUACAGUGGUAUAAUUAUCAUUUACGUAGAUGUGAAUACCUUAUCACACAUUAAUGUCCAUACAGCAAUUUUUGUGAAAAUGUAGCUGAUGGCGCCUUCUCAUCUUCUGUAAUUUUGAAUAUUGCUCUAAUAACAAAACCAUAAUAUGAAACCAGUUAGAUUUUGCAAGAAGAGCUCUUACAACAGAACUCAUGGCCUUUUCCCCCCUUCCUUUAGCAAUUUACUAUCUUGAGCCAUUAAAAAUUUGUUUUUUUUUAAAUCCAGAAGGUAUAUUAGAAACCGUUUCAGAUUUUCUUCUGAUUUGUUCAUGCGGAUGUAGUUCUAUCAAAACACCUUACUUUACCUUACAGAUAUUUGUUGCACAGGCAGACACUGCUGUAUUUAGAAAUUUCUAUUUCAGUUCAUUAAAAACUGUAAAACCAACCUGUAUCAUGUACCAAACUGAUUUAAAAUAAAUCUACAUGUUUAUUGAAUCAA